AUAGAGGCAAAGCUGGAGACCAAGUUACUGGAAGAGUGGUACUGUCGAGAUGAGAACUCGGUGCCAGCAGCUUAUUACCUCAGACCCAAAUCAGAAAUGCUGAAAAGCAAUAAAAAUGCAAUGCAGUCUUCUGCCAAUACUGAAAAUGAGAAGAAAUGGCAAGAGAUAUCAGAUGAGAUCAAGAAGAUAUUUAAGGCUGCUGUGAAACUGCUACAUGAAAAGGGAAAAAUGAAACACAGUCAAGCUAAGAGAUACCUGUUCUCAGCCAUAGAGGACGAGUUUGACUUCGCUCUAGGAAAACAAACUCCAGCAUUCCUGAAGAAAUGUGUUUGCUACAUUAGAAAGAUUGCUAACAUUGAGCGUUUUGUGAAAAUCCCAGAGAUGGGAAAAUACACGGAUAUCACUGGAACAGAACCAAGGAUUAUUCGAGACCCCGAAGCCCAAGAGAAGUUGAUAAAACUCAGGGAUGAAUUUAUUCCUACGAUUGUUGCAUCAUCAAAUCUGAGAGUGUAUACCUCUGUUACUCAUUGUGACAUGAAGCUAGGCUAUUCCCAAGAAAUAGAAAAUCAUUACAUAGAAGGACUUUGUAAACAAUUUUAUGAGGAUAUGAUUGAUAUAAUUCAGGCCACGGUACAACAAAAUUUUGAUACUGAAACUGAUACACUCUAUGAUGAAAUCCUUCGGCAUUCCUCACUGUGUAAAACGUAUGCUUCCUUCUAUGAGUACAAGUGUGAAUCUCUAAACAUAGUGCAUAAAUACAUUCUUCCAAGCAAAACUGGGCCCAUAAACCCUCUUAUUGUAUAUGGUGGACCAUGCACUGGGAAGACUCUUCUGCUAGCCGAAGUAGCAAAGAAGGCUUUUGGCUGGCUACAUGAAGACAUGGGACCGGAAUCUGACCCAGUCAUAGUUAUGAGAUUUCUAGGAACCACAGACAUGAGUACUGACCUUAGGACUCUCCUUCUAAGUAUUUGCGAGCAGUUGGCAAUUAACUACCGAUGUCUGGUUCAAAGCUACCCCAAAAAGAUCCAUGACCUCCGUGACUUAUUUAUAAACCUUUUGAACGAGUCUUCACUGCAGAGACCUCUGGUAAUAAUAUUCGAUGCCCUCGAGCAGCUCUCAGAGAGCGACGACGCCAGGAAGCUUUGGUGGCUCCCUGCUCACCUGCCUCGCUUUGUACGGAUCGUCCUCUCCACACUGCCCAAUAAACAUGGGAUCCUGCAGAAACUAAGGUGCCUUAUCUAUGAAGAAGACAACUACAUCGAGCUGAUUCCACGGGAUAAGAAAAUGUGCAGCCAGGUGCUCAAACACCAGCUGCUGCGGGUCAAAAGGAAGGUCACAUCAGGCCAGCAAAUUUACGUGAACAAUGCAUUCUCCAAGUGCACACUACCGAUGUUUGUGAACCUGACCUUCAGGGAGGUGAGACACUGGAGAUCUCACAAAGAUGUCGAUGAAUCUUCCCUCUGUGUUACCGUUCAUGAAAGUAUAGAGCAGUUAUUCUGGUCCUUGGAGAAGAGGUGUGGUCAGAAGCUGGUCUCCAGGGCUCUGGGUUAUAUCACUAUGGCCAAAGUGGGUUUGAGUGAAAUGGAACUGGAGGAUGUUUUAGCCCUAGACAAUACUGUUAUGAAUGAGCUCAAUGAAAAUGCCAGGCCCAGUAACCCCCUGAGAGUACCUUACUUGUACAUUGCGAGGCUCAAGGAAGGCCUCAGUGGAUACUUAAUAGAGAGACACGUGAAGAACGUCACGCUCCUGGUCUGGGCCAACAGACACCUGCAGCUCAUUGCACAGAAGCUAUAUCUGCAGGAUGACAGUAACCUGCAUGAAAUGCACACCAUCAUGGCAGAUUAUUUUCUGGGAGCCUGGUCAGGGGGCAGGAGGAAAGCUUUCUGCCUCGAAGACUCCUACUUGAAUGGCUGCCUUGAUUUCGAGAGCAGAAGCCUGCUUGAGGAAGAAAAGCACUUCAUGGAACAGGCUUCCUUUGACAGGCAGGCCCCGGACCAGCCCUGGGUUUUCCAGUGUAAUCCACUAGAGCCUGAUAUCUUUUUUGUCAAUCACCGGAAAAUGUCUGAGCUUUUAUACCACCUGACUAGGUGUGGAAAAACCGAUGACCUGCUUUAUGGCAUCAUCAUGAACUUCAGCUGGCUUUAUACCAUGAUCAAAAUUGGCCAGUUUGACAAAGUACUUUUAGACAUCGAGCUGGCUUACAACCAUUCACAAGAGAAGGAGCUGAAGUUCCUGGCCAGCACCCUCCGCAGCAUCAAAAACAAGGUCAUUGCUUUUCCUGGCUCCCUCUCAGCAGAGCUUCAGCAGAGGCUACUGCCUGUUAUAAGUUCCCUGCCCAAACUUCGACACCUUCUUUUAGAGUGUGACAAAGACGGGCCCAAAUAUUGCUCCAUAGUGCCAUUACAUUCAUCCAUGGAUGUGACGUAUAGCCCAGAGCGUCUGCCCUUGUCAUCUAGUCACCUGCAUGUCACAGAGAUUUUGCCUACCUGUAACCCCAGUACCGUCCUCACAGCUUUAGAAAAUGGUUCCAUCAGCACUUGGGAUGUAGAAACUCGCCAGCUCCUCAGGCAAAUCACCACAGCCCAGUCUGUCAUCCUGGGCAUGAAACUCACCAGUGAUGAGAAGUACCUUGUAGUGGCUACAACAAACAACACCUUGUUGAUUUAUGACAACUUAAAUUCUUGUCUCCUGUCUGAAGUGGAAAUUAAAGGAACCAAGCAUGGAAGUGCCUCUACCUACAUCAAUGGGUUUACACUGUCCGUCAACCAUGCCCUUGCAUGGCUAGAGGCCAGCAAAGAUGUCACUGUCAUUGAUCUGCUCUACGGAUGGCCCCUUCACCAGUUCCACUGCUGGUACGAAGUGACCUGUGUCCAGUGCUCUCUGGACGGUAUGUAUGCUUUCUGUGGACAGUACCUGAACACUACCACCAUAUUUCACUUAGGGAGUGGAGAAAAGAUAUGUACGGUGACAUCUGAAUUCUCAGGUGGAUUUGUGAAGUUUCUCCUGAUCUUGGACACAGCUCAAGAAAUGGUAAUGAUAGAUAGUGAGGGGAGUCUUUCUGUUUGGAAUACUGAGGACAUUUCAAACCCCCAACUGACUGAUGACUUUGACUGCCGAAGAGAAGACAGCGAGGUGGUUGGCAUUGAACUUUCAGAGGACCAAAAUGCAAUUCUGAUCUGUAAAGCCCUUAGCAUUGAACUCUUAGAUACUGGCAUAUGGAAGGUUGCUGAAAAGUUCAGAGCCAAGCACAACGAGCGCUUUAUAUCUGCCGUGCUGUCCAAAAAUGGAGACUGUAUCAUUGCAACCAUGGAAAAUACCUCAGCCGUGUUUUUUUGGAGGCGGGACACGGGACAGUGUAUGGCAAGCUUACAGGAAAUCUCAGGUACCAUAGUUAAGUUGGUUAAAUCUAGUCACCACAAUAUGCUGCUGUCUUUAUCAACCAGUGGCAUUCUUUCCAUCUGGGAUAUAGACAUAAUCACUGCUAUGUCCAACAUAGAUAAGACUGGAAAACCCAUCCAAAGUCUGGUGUUACCUGCUAGAGGGGAAAUAAUUUACUCCCUCGAUGGCUCUGACCGUGUUCAUAAGUGGAACUUCAGCAACGGAUUCAUCGAAGCCGUAUUUAAGCAUGAAGGAAUAGUUGAACACUGUGUGUUGACAUCUUCUGGAGACAUCAUGGUGACAUCAGAUGACAAAAGCAGCCAGUAUGUCUGGCACACCAGCAGCGGUGAAAACCUCUUCCGAAUUAAUGGACAGAGAAUAUCUCAGCUGCUGAUUACACACAAUGACCAGUUUGUGGUCUCACUGUGCGAGGAAAAUGCCUCAAGGGUUUGGAGAUUGGCCACGGGCCACAGGGUCUGCAACAUUUUGACCACUUUGCAGAAUGCCUUUAUAACCUCCGCAAAUACCUUUGUGGUGGGGAUGACCAAAAGCAAAGUGCUGGCGGUCAGUCUUUGGACAGGAAGUAUCACCAAGAAAUUUUGCUGUGAAGAUGGGAUCACCAUUGUGAAUUUUAAAUUGAUCCCCGACUGUCCUGAUUUCAUAGUGUUUAUUACAUCAGCCGAGACUGUGAACGUCUGGAGUCUGACAGAUGAAGUUAUCUGUCGACGCGUGCAACUUCCCAACAACUUCUUGAAAAAUCUAGAGGAUUUUGAAAUUUCUCCCAAUGGAAAGCUAGGCAUUAUAUCCAGAGGAGAUGAAAAUAUCAAUGUGCUUGAUUUACACAGUGGUAAAUUACGAGUCGUUCACGCCUCUGGGAUUAUCUGGCGGCAGAGGUUGUCUCGAGACGGCCGCUACCUGGUAUACAUUUGUUUCCGAAAUGGGGAGGAGGAGGAUGAAAAUGGCGCAAUAUCCAGUUUAAUUGUAAUGAGGUUGGCUGAUGGCAAAAAUAUCGGUGCUUGUUCGCUUUACAAAACACCGACUUUUCUUGCACUCUCCCAGAGGCACCUGAACAUCAUCGUGGGCUUUGACGAUGGGAGUAUUGGGAUAUACACAGUGGUGGACCGCGUAGAUGCCGCUCUGAAAAUUAAAAUUGCCACUUCUAAUAGCAGACAAAUUUUCAACAAUGCAACACAGACAUCCAGGCCAAAGUGUAACAGUUACUGUUUUAAAGUAUCUGUGGAUUGCUUAUGGAGAGAGUCUACCGAGGUCUUUGCAAGAGACAGUCCUAUCACAGUGAGUGACUCCACAGAUUCCAAUGAAGCAACGCCUUCCAAGAAACGCAAUUCUUGUUAUGACCGCGUGAGCUCUGCCCUAGAAUCCAGGGGCCACAGCUUUGCCCCUGAUAACUGA